GCGAUGUGCGCUUGGGGUCUCGGGGUGGCCGGAACACCGGGCACCGGGCAGCGGUUCCUCCUCCUCCUUCGCCAGAAGCCUUCCAUCAUCUCCCGCAGAGCCGGGCUGAGCUCGGGUGUGCGGGCACUGCUCCGGCCGCGGAGUUGGGACUGGCCGGAGAAGCAGCCGUGCCCUCCUGUGUGGUCAUAAGCAUCGGUCUCCAGGAGCAGCUUCUCGGAGUGUCCGGGUGGCCAUCGUGUGGUUCCCGCUGCUACCUCCGAGUGCUGCCGGAGGGAAGGGGGAUACGCAAGGGCAGCCCCACUCCGAGCUGUUUUGGUUACUGUCCUCUGUCCUCGCUGCUCGAGGGCAGCUAAUGUUUGUUAUAAUAGGGUGUCCCGGCAUUGUGCUUGUCAGAGGCCAAGGCAGGAAUAGCAAAUGGUCUUGGAGCAGUUUUGCAGGUUGGCUUUGUCUGGAGCCGUUGAUGAUGUCCGGAUUUAGUAGCGCUGUAUGUGCCCUUGUUGAACUUUAGCAUGCCCAGUCCGUGUCGCUUUGCUGUUCCACCUGGAGCUCUCGUGUCGCCUUCCUAUUCCACUUGGAGCACUGCCUCUGGCUCCGGCGCUCCCAACACGAGGCCAAAAAGGAGCUGCUGGCACAAGGCCAUGGAGAUGCUCUGAGGGCAGGAGCUCCACUGCUCUGAGCCAGACUGGGAGAGCUGGGGCUGUUCACCUGGAGAAGGCUCCGAGGAGAGCUGGAGAGGGACUUUGGGGUUGGUUAAAAACUUAUGGCUACUUACUUCCAUCUGACAGCCAAAUGUCUCCCUUGCAAUCAGGAAAAGCUGUGCAGUCUGCAGUUGCCGCUAUGCAACAGUUUUAUGGAAUCCCAGUAACAGGAGUUUUGGACCAGACGACUAUUGAGUGGAUGAAGAAGCCUCGAUGUGGAGUUCCCGAUCACCCCCACCUACGUCGCAGCCGGAGGAAAAAGCGGUAUGCACUCACUGGCCAGAAGUGGAGACAGAAGCACAUAACAUACAGUGUACACAACUACACCCCCAAGGUUGGCGAGAUUGAUACAAGGAGAGCCAUUCGUCAGGCCUUUGAUGUUUGGCAGAGAGUGACACCACUUACCUUUGAAGAGGUCCCUUACCAUGAAAUUAAAAAUGACAGAAAGGAGGCAGAUAUUAUGAUAUUUUUUGCUUCUGGUUUCCAUGGAGACAGUUCUCCCUUUGAUGGAGAAGGUGGAUUCCUGGCUCAUGCUUACUUUCCUGGACCAGGAAUUGGAGGAGACACUCACUUUGACUCCGAUGAGCCAUGGACCCUGGGAAAUUCUAAUCAUGAUGGGAACGAUCUCUUCCUGGUUGCAGUCCAUGAGCUGGGGCAUGCGCUGGGUCUGGAACACUCCAAUGAUCCCAGUGCUAUCAUGGCUCCUUUCUACCAGUACAUGGAAACACACAACUUCAAACUGCCCCAGGAUGACCUCCAAGGAAUUCAGAAAAUCUAUGGUCCUCCUAUAGAGCCCCUGGAGCCAACCAGGCCUUUACCAACUCUUCCUGUUCGCAGAAUUCACUCCACUUCAGAAAGAAAGCACGAGAGACAGCCACGACCUCCCAGUCCUCCUCUGGGUGAUAGGCCAGCUCUCCCUGGCUCCAAACCCAACAUCUGUGAUGGCAACUUUAACACUGUGGCUCUCUUUAGAGGAGAAAUGUUUGUUUUCAAGGAUCGCUGGUUCUGGCGUCUGCGCAACAACCGGGUGCAGGAGGGGUACCCCAUGCAGAUUGAGCAGUUCUGGAAGGGGCUCCCUGCAAAGAUCGACGCAGCCUACGAGCGCUCUGAUGGCAAAUUUGUUUUCUUCAAAGGAGACAAGUACUGGGUUUUUAAGGAAGUGACAGCAGAGCCAGGCUACCCUCACAGCCUGGUGGAGCUGGGGAGCUGCCUGCCCCGGGAGGGCAUCGACACGGCGCUGCGCUGGGAGCCCGUGGGCAAAACCUACUUCUUCAAAGGGGACAGGUACUGGAGGUACAACGAGGACAAGAGAGCAACGGAUCCAGGAUACCCAAAACCCAUCACCGUGUGGAGAGGAAUCCCUCAGGCUCCUCAGGGGGCUUUCAUCAGCAAGGAAGGCUUUUACACCUACUUUUACAAAGGGAAGGAGUACUGGAAGUUCGAUAACCAGAGGCUGAGUGUGGAGCCAGGCUACCCCAGGUCGAUCCUCAAGGACUGGAUGGGCUGUAACCAGAAGGAUGUUGAGCGGAGCAAGGACCGGCGCCUCCCGCACGACGACGUGGAUAUCAUGGUGACGAUAAAUGACAUGCCCAGCACUGUCAAUGCCAUCGCAGUGGUGAUCCCCUGCAUCCUGUCUCUGUGUAUCCUUGUCCUGGUAUACACAAUCUUCCAGUUUAAAAACAAAGAGGUGCAGCAAAAUGUUGUGUACUACAAAAGACCUGUCCAGGAAUGGGUAUGACACAGCCUGCUGCACAUUUCAACUCAUUGAGCUGAUGAGGACUAUGGGCACACACAAAAAAGAGGAAAAAAUGCAUUGAAAAGCCUACCAAACAAAACUGCUUCAGUGACCUACAAGUUUUGGACACCCUGGGAUGGAAAUAAGCAGGAAAACUGGAAAAAACACUGGCAGGCAGCCUUGCAGUGUGGAGCCUCUUUGCUUUGUACUGCUUUGGUCACCGGCCGGUCGUGGUGCCAUCCACCGGCUCGCUCUGCCAGCACCAGAGUCUUUGAGACAGGUUUCAACUGAUCUGGGAAACUUCCUUCAGUUCCCUGCACCAGUGCUCCCUGUUAAACCCAGCAUUCUCCAGUGUAGCUAAACCACCUCUGAACAGAACCAUUUUUUAAAUAGCUGUCUCAUAAAUGAAUUAAGAUCAUGAAAUCUAUGAACAAGAACAAUUUCAGUGUCAUAAGCAGAAGACAUUCUGAUGCUGAAUCAUUCUAAAAAAUCUUCUUAGUUUAUUAAAAAAUCCAGGGAUCUACCUGGAUACAAUUUUCCAAUACCUGCUGGUCAGAUGUUUUGUACAUUCAUAACUAAUCAAUGCUGCCACUCAGCACAGUGCACGAGGAACCACCAAGCACUCAAAGAAGUACCGGAGUGUGGAGCAGAAGCUCAAGAAGCACCAAACCAGACACCUGGCAAGCCCUAGACUGGGACAAUCUGAAGACAAAGUAAUCAGGUCUUAAAAAAAAAAAAAUCAUGUUUUUUGUUUUGGGAGCCAAUCAUAAAGAAAUAUUUAAAUGUCAUUUAAGUUGGUUUAAGCUCCUGCCAGCAAGAACCCAGGAACCAGUGGUUACCGAAAUACCGGGAAUGUGUAUGGACAGACUGCACUCUGCCCGUUAAGACGUUGGGAAAAGAUGAGUUGUUGUUCUGUGGCAUGUGUAACUAGAUUGUGGAAUUUGUAUGUUGGGUUUCAGGAGAAUGGAAAUGUUUGUAUGGAGUGAGGUUGUCAUUAUAUUUUGCUGAAAUAAUCAAGGUACAGUAAGAAUUAGGCCUGUUUAUAAAACUAAAUCCAACCCCUGUAGAUGUAACAAACAUUGUACGCCUUCAGGAUUUGGGGGUUUGUUUUGCUCACUUCUUCACAGGCAAAUAUUUGGCAAGGAGCAAAGGAAGCAUGCCACACAGUAGAAUGAGUUUACCACGUUUGACAGAGCCAUAAAAAUCAGGUAAAGGCAAGAAAAAUACCUUAACCUGCAGCUAGUGACUUUCCACAGGUCUCUUCCUACAACAGUAGUUUUGCUUGUCCCUCUUACAGUUGUGAGUGAUUCAGGACAUUGUGCCCUAACCACAAACUUUUGGUUUUCAUGUUGAUGCUGAUAUUUUUACCAUGUUGAAUAAGAGCGGAAGAGUCUUUUGCAGAGCAGUGUAACAGUGAAGUCCAGCACUGUACAGAAGUGCCAUCCAUGUCAGCACAGGAAUUGCUUUGCCCACUCACCAUGGGGAACAGGUGAUUAACCUAAACCCUCUGCCUGUAACUGAACUUUAUUGAGUGCAAUGGAAGUGCAAUGCACAGAAUGUCCACUUAGUAUAGAAAAAAUACAGCUUUGUAAUGUCAGCUCUGAAAAAAAAUCCCAAGGACAACAAACACUAAACACAGGCUAAAAGUAUUCCUAAUUAAAAUGAGGAACAAAGCAGCAGAGAGAUCGUUAGAAUUAUGGAUUGCUAAUUAGUGCUCAAAUAUUGUUCUGGUGAAGCAGGAUAGACACAUAGAUUUGUCUGGUGAAGCCCACUAUGACUGCAUUAACGUGUGGUCUCAAAUUGUAUUUUGUCCUUCAUAACUGAUUUCCGUAGCCAAGCUGUUUAUUGUGUUUAAACAUAAACUAUUACCAACAUAUUACAAAGUAAGUGAGAAGCUCGUAGAUGCAAAACUUUGAACUGUAGUGACAAAACGUGCUAACGUCUCAUGAUGAGUGAAGGAGUGCGAAGGACCAAACGAAAUCAGAGCUCCUGAUCAGACACCCCCACGCUACUCCGCGUUGCUCUGUGUACCAGAGGUGUGGUGGGACACACCACGGCCGCCACAGCCCCGCGGCACCUCGGUCUCAUCUGUACGCUGCCAUCUCGCCGGGACUGCGACAGCCCAAACCUUUGAGCAACUUCCAACAGCCAUCAUUAAAAAAAAAACUAUUAAAAAAAAAAAUUACAACGGAGAGAGAUGUCUGGGUUUGUUUGUAUUUUCUCCGCCCUGCCCCAAAGGUAGGUAGGUUUUUGGCCUGCCCACGGAAUGAGCUGUUCGGGUGGCGCAGUGCCCGGGUGGGCAGGAGGCUGAGCCCUGUGCUGGGCUGGCUGCAGCAAGGUGAGCUGCUGCCCUGGGCUGCCAAAACCCAGCCUCAGCUCCACAGAGCCACAGAAAUACCCCAGGGCUUUUCUACCUGCCCUGUGCCUGGCUCCUGGGGCAGCUGUUACAUAUGGGAGUUUCCAGGGGGUGAGGUAUCCCAGGAGGGUGAGACCAGCCCUCUGCAGCCACAGGGGGCUGCAGGGGGGGAAGCAGCUUUCCUCCAGCACAAUCCCAUUCAUUACCACCUCUGCUUUGCUAACAUCAGCCCCUGGGCAGUCGUGGGUUAACUUGGAUCUGGGCACAAACACGUUUUUUUGUGUAAGUGACAGUUCCCACCCCUGAGCUCUUUGCUGGGAUCCUGUGCUGUGCUACAGAAGCACUGGACUCGCUGCCCAUCAGCCUGGCCAAAGCUCUCUGUGGGCAGGGGCUGUGUUCCGGCUCCUGUCCAGAAAUGCAGGACACAUUGUUCCCACAGGGGAGCAGGGAUCAGCAGUGCUAAUUCAACUCUAACAAGCAAAAGGCUGUAGUGUGUUCCUGUGAUCCUGCUCUGCACCACGGGGGUUUGGACAGCCCGGGGACCUUGGAACACCCUGCCAGCCACACUCACUAUACUGCACUCAAGAUCCCAUUUGGGUUUUUUUUCCAGUUUUUGACUGCUUUGAAUAUUUUCAUUACCAUUCAGGCUCAUUGCCACAGGAAACUUAGACAUUUGCUGGGACACUUGAUCACUACAUUCACAAAAGCUGGUCCUCCACUAAGAUAGAUUUAUUAUUCCUAACUUGUAACAAGUCACUAAUCCUCAAGAUCUCCAGUCUCAUACUGUGAGGACUUGGAGGUUUAGAAACCUCUGUAAAGGAUCCUUACAAGUUUUUGGCCAUUAAAGCACACAUAGCUACACACCCCAAGACCUCACUGAACCCAGUUAUGAGCCUUUCAUUUCUCCUUCCUGUCACAUUCACCCCAGGGCUAGAUUCCAGCUCUUCUCAUAGUAUCACCUAUUUAUCCAGCACUCCUUUAGUUCCUCUGAUCAUUCCUGCAACCCUUCCUGAGGUCACGUGUUGCCUUCCACUGCCUGAUGGCAAAGGUGCCAGGCAGCUUUAGCCAUGGUAUGUAACCCACAUCUUUGUAGCUCAGCAAUUUCAUUUUUAAGAACCCCAAGAACCCAAGGAAAUCCAGCUCUGGGGACAUACAAUUCGAUUUUAUUGACUAUUCCUGAACACCUUUUGGCAUCAUCACCACACAUGCCGUGCUCCUUGGAGAUGAAAGCACAUGAAAAGGGUCAGUCAAGGGCUGUGCUGUGCUUGUGCCCCAGGCUGCCCUGCCAAGGGCCUGUCACCUGGAAUCCUGCCAAACUGGAACCCUUCACCUGGGCUCUCAUUUCACCCAUGCUGUGGCACAGUGCUGUGCUCAGCCUCCUCCUCACCACCCUGCUCCUGCCAGCUCUGGCACUGUGGGGCAUGAUCUCAGGGCAAGCAACGGGCAGCAGCAUGAGAAUUUCACCCCUCCUUUCCCCAGCUUCUUUGGGAGUUUGAGAGCCAAAAUUUAAUGCAGAUGAGCACUAACCCAAAAUAUCUAUUUGCAGAAACAAUUGGCAACCACUGUGCAACACUUGCAUCUCAUCUACACAUAGUGCUCAGGAUAAAGAGGCAUCAUGGACUUACAGCUAAUGCUGAUUUGGGCUGUUUGGGGUUUGUUUACUUAAUUAGCUCCAGACAUUGUUUGCUUUUUUAACCAUUACUGAAGCCAGAGCAGGUCUGUUCCAAUAUGGAUUUUCAGUCAGGAAUGUGCUCUUGCAGUCCUCAGAAUGUACCAGUACUGGGUGAAAUUUGGAUUCUUAACUACAAUGUGCUUCACUUCACACUCAGCUGCACCGAGUUUCCCUUUCUAUCCAGUCCUCAUCCUCACUAGUCAGAGUAGACAGUAUGGCCCAAAUUCCCUGCCCUAAUCCAAUUACUUUCCUAAACCAGACAGGUCAGAGGGCUUCCCUCAUUCCAUGGUAUCACCCAAGGUCCCCAAAUGCCUUUGGCACAAAAUCCUGCCAAAUGCCUUUUGAAAAUAACAACAGUACAAGAGACCUUCUCCCUAUCCCUGUGGACUCUUAAGAGCUGCACGGGUCUUCUGGGACACAGCUUGCCAUUGAAACACCACAUUUAUUCUCUCAUGAUCCAUGUUUCUAAACCCAUUCUGUAUUAGUUUAUUUUCCUUGUACACAGGUCCCUCUCACUAGCUCAGAAUUCCCACAGACCCAUGUUUAAAACAGGUAUAGUUUCCUGCACCCAAGAGCUGAGCCCCGUGAGGUGGUCAAAGGGAAGCAGCUUCUCUAAAUACUGAGAAAGGCCGAGAGGAGGACACCUGGAGUCAGGGCCAAGACAGGUGGUGCAUGGUAUCAAAGGGUUGAUAUCUGAUCACAGAUAAUCGCGGCAAUCUUUAUUUUGAAGUUUAAGGAGUAAUCUUUUAUCAGCCAAAUCUUACAAAGCCUUCCCUGAACAUCUAGACAGUAAAACAAAAAAUGGAAACUUAUUAUUCAAUUUUCUACAAACCCAAAGACCCUGGGCUGAAAAGAGCUCUGCCCAUACAGCCCUCAUUCCCCAAGAGAACCCAGCUGAGAGCAAGGCAGCUGUGUGCAGACAAGAGAGAGCUUCCUCUUACACCCAGGAUGGGAAAUGGAGGCACUUCUAUGCCCUCAGUGCACCCUUAAUGGGCAAGCAGGAAAGUAACUGAAGUAUCACUGAGCAACAGCUGUGUAGAAAGAAAUUACAAUCUUUUGCCUGAAAGUAGCACCUACAGUUGCUUUCCAUCUGGCACAGGCAGAGCUCUCCACGAGGAAGCUCCCAAAUCUGUAGCCUCUGACUGCUUAGAACCGUGUGGUUUAACCUUUGUCUCCAAAGUAACUCCAGAUAAUCUAUUGGGAUUUGCUGAUUUCCAGGACUUUCUUGUUGCAGAAGGCGAACCCUGCAGGACAAAUUAAGCCCACAGGCAACAGAGUGCCUUUUGGGCCCUCUCUUGCAGGUGCCUCAGAAGCAGCACAGGUGACACCAGGUCAAACAUUGCUCCAGGGACUCCCACACUGUUUUUGUUAAAAGCCCUUGGAUGAACACUGAAAAACUCCAGGUUUUAUCCAAGCUGAUCACUUCAGAAUCAUCAUCCCAUGGGAACAGCUGCAAGUCAGGGCAAAAGAGCAGGUGAUGAUUUUUGAGUUAUUUCGUGGCAAGUAAACUACUGUAUUUUUGGUAUUGGACAUACAAAGUGGUCUUACAUGUACCUAGAGCAGAAACACCACUUGAGCAGAAGUGUGGACAGAGAGGGCAGCACAUGUAGUCCCAAAACAAACUGAUGUGGAGCUGGACACCGGUGCAAGACUUAAGGCAAAAUAAUCUCUAGUGAUCAACACCCAAGAGCCACAAGAGUAAAUAUUGUGGGGUAAUUUGAGGGGCUCAUUUGGCAUUACAAAACCAGAAAGCAGAGCUGAAGAACUGAGCAAAGGGAUAGAAAG